AGAGGAAACCUCACUGGACAAAAUGCUUUCACUGCCAAGUGUUGCUCUGUGCUCUCUGUGUUUAGCAGGGGUUGCCAUGGCAGAACAGCUGCAGCAGGACCAGUUACCACUGACCAGCAGCACAAAUGAGAAAGUCUCCUUCAGAUGUACAGGAACUGACCUGUGUGACAGCAGCUAUGUGUUCUGGUACCAGAAGAAAGAGACAGAAACAUUCAAAGUGAUUCUUGCUAUUGAUCGGGAUUCCUGUGCAGUUGAUUCACGUUACAACCAUCCUCAAAAAGAUGAUUUCUCAUCUGAAAGAAAAGACAGCAGCUGUGAGUUGGUGAUCAACAAAAUAAAAGCCUCCCAUGAAGCCACCUACUACUGUGCCUGUUAUGUUUCCCACAGUGAGAAGUGUUGGCUCGUCGCUGUACAAAAACUCUGCAGCGUUAACCAAGAAAUGAACAGAUGGCAAACCCUGUUUACCACAGGAAGAGAGCUUGAUUUGAGCCCAGCUUCACAUAUUUCAGCUCCCAUCUCAGCUGUCAUCUGGUUCUUCCAGGACACUGCUGAAGCCACACAAACGGCUUCUUCAUGCAUCUUCAUUUUCUGCUGCUUAUCUGGAAGGCUGAGUGUGGUUUUUGUCACAGCACUUUUCACUGUGUGGGGCAGCUACAGGUACAAGAUCUUUGGCUCAGGCACCAGACUGUAUGUAGCAGAUCGUCCAGUUGUGCCGCCCAAAGUGAGCAUCUACCCAGCGACCAGAGUCGACCUGAAGGGGAAGAGCUCCCUGCUGUGUCUGGCCACAUCCAUGUUUCCUCCUGAGGUCCAGUUCUCCUGGAGGACAAAGGACAACAAGAGGAUUCCUGAGGGAGAGCGAGUGGAGCUCAGAGAGGAAGAGCACGCCACCGCCAUCGUGCUGAUCAAUCAGCCAGAACUCAUGUAUCAAUACAUCUGCUCCGUCAAACACCAAGGGGGCACGGUGGAGGCCAAGAUACAACCAGAGCUUCCAGCGCCUACAACCUCCCUCCCUCCAGUCAGAGACACAACAAAGCCGCCAGCCAGGGACCAGACUGACACGUCUGCAGCCUCCAUCCCUCCAGUCACAGACACAGCAGAGCCGCCAGCCGGGGAGCAAAGUGACGUGUCCUUCCAGUUCCAGUGCAGGGUGAAGCUGCUCUCUCUGGUUUCCACAGUGAUGAUAGUGAAGAGCAUGGUGUACUGCUGUGGACUCUCUCUCCUGAUCAUCCACAGAAAUAAGGGACCUGCUGACUGA